CUUUGUGCUCUUCCACCUUUAACUUGUCUUUGUUUUUCCUUUUGCCACCGUUCGCUAUCAAAAGCUACAAGCGAUGAUUAGUUUGACGGCUGCUCCCACCACCAAUACAGUGCAAGUUGCAAACUCUUGUAUACCGAACACAAGUCUUCCUGGGCUGUUUUCUAAUUCCCAAAGAAGAACUAUUUGCCCUUGUCCUUGGUCUCUUACGUCUUGUUCGAUUAAGUUGUCAUACUCGACGCGUUCGGUUUGUAACUCAAUCAAAACCAUGGCAGAGUCUGACUCUCAAUCCUCUUCAUCUGGGAACAAAAAGCAGGCACUAAUAUCACUAUCAGACAAGAAAGAUCUCGCUUUAUUAGGAAAUGGACUUCAGAACUUGGGGUUAAUUCUUGGGAACCAUACUUGCAUUAAGCUUAUGCAAUUUUAUACAAUUGUUUCCACUGGAGGAACAGCGUCUGCUUUGGAAAGUGCUGGGGUAUCUGUUACAAAGGUUGAAGAACUUACUCAUUUUCCUGAGAUGCUUGAUGGUCGUGUAAAAACUUUACAUCCUAACGUUCAUGGGGGAAUUUUGGCUAGAAGAGACCAAAAGCAUCAUAUUGAAGCUCUCAAUGAGCAUGGAAUUGGCACAUUUGACGUUGUGGUGGUGAACUUGUACCCGUUUUAUGAUAAAGUCACUUCAUCUAAAGAAAUUGAGUUUGAAGAUGGAAUUGAGAACAUUGAUAUUGGUGGUCCGGCCAUGAUCAGAGCGGCUGCCAAGAAUCACAAGGAUGUAUUGGUUGUUGUUGAUUCACAAGACUAUCCAGAGCUUAUGGAGUUUCUUAAAGGAAACCAGGACGAUCAACAAUUUCGUAGAAGGCUUGCGUGGAAGGCUUUUCAACAUGUUGCUUCUUAUGAUGCUGCAGUGGCAGAGUGGUUAUGGAAGCAGUCAUCAGAGGAUAAAUUCCCUCCUAGUUUAACAGUUCCCAUGUCACUUAAAAGUUCUCUGCGAUAUGGAGAAAAUCCUCAUCAAAAGGCCGCAUUUUAUGUUGAUAAGAGUCUUGCUGAAGUUGAUGGUGGUGGUAUUGCAACUGCUAUUCAACACCACGGGAAGGAGAUGUCAUACAAUAACUAUUUAGAUGCUGAUGCAGCUUGGAAUUGUGUAGCCGAGUUUAGAAGGCCUACAUGUGUAGUUGUAAAGCAUACAAAUCCAUGUGGUGUAGCUUCGCGUGAUGACAUACUUGAAGCAUAUAGGCUUUCUGUGAAAGCAGAUCCGGUGAGCGCAUUUGGUGGUAUUGUAGCCUUCAACAUAGAGGUUGAUGAGGCUCUUGCUAGGGAAAUCCGAGAGUUUAGAAGCCCAACAGAUGGCGAAACUCGUAUGUUCUAUGAGAUUGUGGUUGCACCCAAGUAUACAGAAAAAGGGCUUGAGAUCCUUCGUGGAAAAUCAAAGACAUUAAGGAUCCUUGAAGCAAGGAAAAAUGAGAAAGGAAAGCUUUCUCUUAGACAAGUUGGGGGUGGUUGGUUAGCCCAGGAGUCAGAUGACGUAACCCCCGAAGAUAUCCAAUUUAAUUGUGUUUCGGAGAAGGCUCCGCAAGAAAGUGAGCUUCGCGAUGCAGAGUUUGCAUGGUUGUGCGUCAAGCAUGUGAAGAGCAAUGCCAUUGUGAUAGCAAAGAACAACUGUAUGUUGGGCAUGGGAAGUGGGCAGCCAAACCGUCGGGAGAGUUUACGAAUAGCCUUGAAGAAAGCGGGAGAUGAAGUCAAGGGAGCAGCUUUGGCCAGUGAUGCCUUCUUCCCAUUUGCUUGGAAAGAUGCUGUGGAAGAAGCAUGUGUGAGCGGAGUCGGUGUUAUAGCAGAGCCCGGAGGGAGCAUUCGAGAUAAAGAUGCCGUAGAGUGCUGCAACAAGUAUGGCGUGUCGCUUCUCUUCACCAAUGUCAGGCACUUCAGGCAUUGAUUUCUUGCCUUUUUUUAGCCUCACCCUUUGUGCUCUUUAUAUAUCAGAACCGUGACUUGAAAGCCUCGACAGUUGCAAUCUGAAUGGAUGCAUAGGCAUUAGAGCUUCAUAGCUAUGCAUCAAUUGCCUCAGUUUUGUAAUAAACUCAACUAGUAUAUGCAAUUUGUUUCGGAUUUUCAACCAAAUUGAAAGAAGAGUUUCCAAGUAGCUUUUUCCGGCACCAUUCAAUUUGCUUCAUAUUUAAAUUUAAGACAUUUGU